CUACGUAAAUAUUAUGGUUUGAACCUAAAAUAGAUAGUAGAUUUUGAACCAACCGGAUUCCAAGAAAUCGAACCGAGCCUCCCACUGCUGAUGUAACCAAUCGCUUGUGGCAACAGUUGUACGGUUUCCGGUUUCACUGACACAGACGCGAAAGGGACGCCAUGCGCUGCCACUGCGGCGUUCUAUAGCGACACGCAUACAGCCAGCGCUAGCGCUUUAUCUGUAGCUUCCAGUGGUUCGGUUAUAAGGUCAUGCCGACACCGAGUCAGAAUGCCCUGUUUGGAAUGGGCAAUCCUUUGCUGGAUAUCUCUGCUGUGGUGGACAAAGAUUUUCUGGACAAGUAUGGCCUGAAACCCAAUGAUCAGAUCCUAGCAGAAGAAAAACACAAAGCUCUAUUUGAUGAGAUUGUGAAGAAGAGUAAAGUUGAGUACCAUGCAGGCGGCUCCACCCAGAACUCGGUCAAAAUUGCACAGUGGAUGAUUCAGGAGCCGCAUAAGGUGGCAACCUUUUUUGGCUGCAUAGGGAAGGAUCACUUUGGGGAGAUUCUUAAGCAGAAGGCAGCAGAGGCACAUGUGGAUGCACAUUAUUAUGAACAGAAUGAAGAGCCCACAGGAACCUGUGCUGCUUGCAUCACUGGGGACAACAGGUCCCUGGUUGCAAACCUGGCAGCUGCAAAUUGCUAUAAUAAGGAGAAGCACCUGGACUUGGAGAACAACUGGGGCUUGGUGGAGAAAGCCAGAGUCUACUACAUCGCUGGUUUUUUCUUGACCGUGUCUCCAGACUCCAUUCUGAAAGUGGCCAAACAUGCAUCUGAUCGCAACAAGGUGUUCGGCCUGAACCUCUCGGCGCCUUUCAUCAGCCAGUUCUUCAAAGAGCCCCUCAUGAAGGUUAUGCCAUAUGUGGACAUCCUGUUUGGCAAUGAGACGGAGGCAGCGGCUUUUGCUAAGGAGCAGGGGUUUGAGACGGAUGAUGUAGCAGAGAUUGCACGGAGGGUUCAGCUCCUCCCUAAAGUCAAUAAGAACAGGCAGAGAAUUGUAGUGUUCACUCAGGGCAGAGAAGACACAGUAGCUACUGUGGGUGAUAAGGUGACAAUGUUUCCUGUGUUGGAUAUCGAUCAGAAUGAUAUUGUGGACACUAAUGGAGCAGGAGAUGCUUUUGUAGGAGGGUUUCUGUCAGAGCUGGUUCAAGAGAAGACUCUGGAACAGUGUAUUCGGGCAGGCCACUAUGCUGCCAACACUAUUAUUCGACGCUGUGGUUGCACCUUCCCUGAGAAACCAGACUUUCAAUAACAGCUCUCCUCUUCUCUCAACCCUGUUCCCUUUAUUCUCCAGCUUUGGAUCUUUCCAGUUCUUAUUUCUUCUCUUAAAUUCCCUGAACAGACGCCUGCAACAUAACUUGCGUGCCUCUACGUAUGUUUACAGUUCCUCUGAGGACAUUCUAAAGCGAUUGAUAAACACUUGAACCUGAUUGGUUGAACCAAUCAGGCAGUGGCAGUCUAACCCCACCCAUGGCUCUCUAAACCAGUUUUCACUCCUCCACGAGUGAGAAGAAAUGAUGUCUGAGUCAGCUGACCUGCACCUGCUUGGGACUGAUUUUACUGUAUGAAUUGUAAAAUAUAAAUGUGACCUGAAAAUCUUACAGAAAGGGCUUUUAAUAAAAUAUCAGUCUGGUUUUCUGCCAGUCCAAAGUUAUGCUCAAGAAGUUUUUGUGCUGCUCACCUGAUCAGUGAGCAGAUCAGCAGGUGUGAUCAAUCCAUGCAUUGCCAGCUUGAGCUAGAAGCCAUCUCUGAGCUGUGAGCUCUCUGUGGAGUCUCUUUAGAGCAAACAUAUUCAAAAAACUGGAAAUUAUAGAAUAAAUCAUGUUGACAAUUAAC